AUGGCUCCGGUGGCGCCGAGUCAGCAGAUCCUGGGCGAGCUACAGUACCUGUUCCGGCAGGCGGCUGCCGGACUGUUCGUGAUCCAGGGUGUGCAGACCUGCGGCGCCGGUGCCGGCUACUGCGUGCUCGGCUACAACUGCUCUUCCGACAACGACUUCGAGGACGAUGCGAGCGGCCACUGCCACGGCUUGCGCACCGCCUUCACUCCCGCCGGCGCACGGCGACGCCGCGGCCCCACGCCCACCACGACAGAGGGCACCACCUUCGAUGACGGUCUGGUCGACUCGAUCGUCAACUUCGGCGACGAGAUGCCGGAGGAGCCGCAUGGCGAGAACAGCCAGAUCGUCGACAUCGUAGCCAUCAUCACGGACAGCACGGGCAUUGUGGACAUCGUGACGCGGCCUUACACGGGUCCCUGGCCGCCGAGCGAGGAGCAGGGUGGUGGCGCCGUUACGCUUCCGUUCGCUAAGCCGGGCGAGACGUUCGAGCCCGGCUCUAUGGUCGGCCUCGGCCAGAACAACGUGAACCUGGGCACGACGUCGCUGCCGCCGGCGCCAGACGCAUUCCAAGCGGGUGACCUGCCGCCGCCGGAGGAGGAGGCCUCGCUGCCGGCCGGCGCAGACGUGCUGCUCACCACGGCCGCCACCACGCCGGCCAGCGUGGCGACGAGCACGCCGCCAGGUGAGCCGAGUACGGCCGCGGCCGAGCCGCCGCCGCAGCAGCUGGGUCCGCUGGCCAACGUGCCCGUCAUGGACCAGAACCUGGACUACAUCGGCGACGUCGACUACGACCAGCACCUGCUGCCGGCGCUGAUGCCAAUCCGGCCCGGCACCAAAGCCGGCGGCGUGGAGGCGACGCUGGAGGGCAGCGGCGACGCGCCCGCGCCCGGCGACGACCUGCUGCCGCUGGCGGCUGACGUCGCCAUCGAGGGCUCCGGCUCCGGGGCAGAGGCGGAGGCGGAGGCGGAAGCGAUGCACGAGCAGGCGCCCGAGGAGUCGACCCCGGCACCGCAGAUUCCGGCGGAUGCAGUCACGGCAGAGCGCCCCGCAGGCGCCGUGACAGCCACGCCAGAGGAGGACGCCGCGCAGACCGGCGGUGCCUCGGGCUCCGGCGCUUCUGCGGAACGGCCCCCAUCGACACAGCCCGCCGCGGAACUGGAGGAGUUCAAAGCCGGGAGUGCCCAGGAGGCAGAGCUGAAGGCGCCGCCGCAGAACGCGCACGGCUCUGUGGCGCUGAGCGCGGCCAUGGGCAGCCUCUCCACGUCCGUCCGCCCGCCAGUCUGCGGCAUGAUGGGCUCGUCACUCGCCAGUCUGCUGGCGCGCAGUCGAUACCGCCACCGCGGCGCCGACAGCGGCGCACCGCGGCUCGGCGGCGAGGUGACCAGCACGGUGGUCUGGUGCUGGAUGGCGGCCGUCCUGCGGCGCACGCACGACCCCGACCAGCCGUACCGCUUCGUGUGCGCCGGCUCGCUGGUGGAGCGCGACCUGGUACUAACCACGGCCAGCUGCGCCUCCAGGCUGUUCAAGGAACCACUGCGGGACUUUGUGGUCCUGCUGGGCGCCUCCAAUCUCCGUGUGAGCCUCGAGUUUGGCGUACAACACAUGGAGCUGCAGGAGAUCAUCAUUCACGAGGAUUAUCAGAUAGAUAGUGAUGUUCACUCCAACGACAUUGGCCUGCUGAAGCUGUCGCGGCCGGCGACCCUGGAUCGGACCGUGUGCCUGCUCUGCCUGCCGCCCGAGGGCAUGGAGCUGACGGCUCGCCAGAGCUGCUCGGUCACUGGCUACGGCCUGGCCGAGGCCCAGGAGGUGACGGCGGACGCCGAGCAAGACUCGCCUCUAGAGACGCCCGGGGUGCUGCGACAGACCUCGAUGCCGGUGCUGCCACGCGCCGAGUGUGGCGCCGUGCAGCGACUGGCGCUGCGCCGACCGGCGCUGGACGACCGCGACUUCCUCUGCGCCGGCGGCCAGCGCUCGGCCGACGCCUGCUACAUCGCACGUGACGGCGGUAGUCCACUGGCCUGCAUGGCCGCCUCCGGUCGUUACUACCUGUACGGCGUCGUCUCAUGGGCCGCCGACUGCGACGACGACGCCGAGCCGCAGAUGUACACCAGCGUUGCCAACUACUUCACCUGGAUCCGACGCAACUACGAGCGCAUGACGAUGAAGUUCAGCCUGCGCUCGGACGCCAGAUGAAGCGGCACGUACCGGCGCCGAUGCUCGAGGGUGGCCGCGCUGUUCGGGUCCAUGGGCACAGGUGGGGUGGAGCUGGCCCGCGGGCGGGGACGGGGACAGUGAGGCGCACGCUUCCCUCCCGCUGCACAGCCGGGCCGAGCAAUAGACCGAUCCGAAAAGGCUGAGAACGUCGUCCGUGAGCGCGCGUGGCCGUGAGGGUUCGACCCGACACCGAGAGCGCCUCGCCGGGCUUCCUCCCGCGCUGCAGUGAUCGUCGUCCGGGGCCGGAAGGCGCGGCCAAUCACAGCUCACAGCAGCGGCGACCGGUACACGGGGUGACCAGUCUGCCCGCGGCUCGCACUCCAGCGCUAGAGCAUGCAGCGGCUCUGGCAGCC